AUGUUGAUCACACCCAAACGAAGAUCUUUGCUGAGAAGUCAGAAGACUCCACGACAGGUGAAUGGUGCGAACAGGAUCGCUAUAUCGUUGGCCCGCUGCUUGACCCACUCUUCUUUCUCUAUUGUCACCGGUACUUGCCUGGGAAAUGAAGGCCAUUCAGAGCUUCACGUGAGUGGAUGGCAGUGGCUUCAAAUGAGCUGGAUGAAGACUGGUCCCUUGGUUAAGGCAUCGACGAAUCACGCAGAUUUCGGUGAUGACGACUGGGGCAGUGACUGCGAUGGAGAAGCUCCGGAGAUAGAAAAGUUAUCUAGCGACUAUCGAGACGUGCUACCUUGGGUCUUCCCAGCUGCCGAAAACGUUUCUCCCUACGUUCUCUAUCAUCACAAUCUGAGCCUCGCAAAGAUCUCAGUUAAUCCCGACACUUACGAAAUCACAGGUAUCAUAGAUUGGGAGACGAUCCAUGUAGUACCGGAAUGGGAGAGUUCAAGGUUCCCAGAAUUCCUCACAGAUCAGAAAGAUCUCGAGGAGAUCGACGAUGAUGAGCGCAGAGACCGAUGGGAUAACGGGAUCUUGAGGCAACAUUACGACGUCGCCUCGCGUCGUACGAGCAGUGAAAAGCAGUUCUCUGGCUAUAAAAGCGACAUUGCCAGGACGAAGCGAAAAUUCGAGGAGAUGACCAUGGAAAUCACGGAACUUUCAAGUACUGCGAGAGGAUGGCUCGAGCUGUACUCGAUCAACAAAGUGGUGGCUACCGAAGGUGAACUAGAGAUUGGGUACAGUUCGCCUUCUAUCAAGCUUUCAUGA